AUGGUAGGGUCUGGGAUCUCAGUUUUGGGCCUUCUCCUGCUGAUGCAGGGCUCAGUAGAUGCGAAUGGAAUCCAGGGAUUUUUCUACCCAUGGAGUUGUGAGGGAGAUGUGUGGGACCGAGAAAGCUGUGGGGGUCAAGCAGCAAUUGAGAACCCCAACCUGUGCCUACGCCUGCGAUGCUGCUACCGGGAUGGUGUGUGCUACCAUCAGCGGCCCGAUGAAAAUAUGCGGAGGAAGCACAUGUGGGCCCUGGGCUGGACCUGUGGCACCCUACUCUUCCUGAUCACCAGUAUCUGUCUCUUCUGGUGGGCCCGACGCCGAGACAUGCUGCACCUACCAAAGUUCCUACAAGGAAAAUGUAGUAGACUGACAGGGACAGUCUCCCUACUGUCUAAGGACCAGCGGUCAGUCAGCAGGAGGUCGACACCGAUUGGCACGCCUGUCCAACUGUACACAGUGCCGCAUUCCUCAGGAGGCACUGAAGUCGGAGCUGCAGGUUCUGAGGAGGAAACAGAGUGAGGUGAAGAAUAGGGUGACCCUGGAGGACCCCUUAAUACAGAUACAGCAUAUAAACGUGUGUCUUCUUUGAGAUCUGUGGGAAGCAGGCGGUCUUGCGGGAGCCUUGCACAGUGUGCACGUGUACUUGGAGGGAGAUUAAGGGGAGAAGGCUGGACGUGGGCGCUGGGCAUGAUCAGGGACUGUGAGCUUCUUAGAGGGCUCGGUUAGGACUGAGUGCUGGGAAUCUGAAUGGUGCACGGAACCGGAAGUAGUUCAGAGUGUGGUAGCUUGUGUAGGGGGCUACAGUGAAGUGAGCUUCCGAUAGGGAGACAGAGGUGUUAGAGACACACAAAGCCAUGGGAAGGUGUC